UGCCAAAGCAGGCUUGCACGCGGUCGCAAUGCAGCCUGGAAGCGCUACCAAAGCGAGCUUGCUCUCGGAUUUGUUAGGCCCGCUGUCAGAGUCCCAGUUGUCGGACUCUGCGGCCAGCGUCUUGGGCAAGGAGCCGGAACUGGCCAAGGUGCCUCCCAAGAAGUCUGAGCCGGAGCCUUUGGUGCCAAAGGCGCCGCCGCCCAGGUCAGAGGAGGCCUCCAGGAAGGCCAAGCUGUUCGUGUCCACGACCACGGCCUGGGGAGGGGGCUCUGGGAGCCGUCGGUGGAGCUCCACGGCGGGCUUCAAGGACAGCCUCACGGGGCAGCAGAUCUCGCGGUCCCAGGCCAUCUCGGAGCUGGCCAAAGUGCAGCGCGAGUCUGCUACGCGAAUCAUGGACUCGCUGACGAGAACGGUGGAAGCCGUAGAAUGCGCCGAUAGCUUUUCGCGAAUGGUUCUCCUGGAGAAGUUCGAUAGACAUAUGGACGCCUCCCGUGAAAUGCUGAUGCAGCACUCCAAAGGACUGCUGGGCAGCGACCUCGCAGAGCUGAGGAUGAAGAAAACCGAGCGGAAGGUCUUGCUGGACAAAGUGUCGAAGCAGAAUCGGGCUUACACCAUGGAACUCUCGCAGCUUCGAGACCAACUACGCAGCAUCGACAGCGCCAGUAGAUCCCGGGUUGACAGGUCCCUCCCAGGUUUCCUAGAGACAAGUCUGCAGGACUUUGGCCGGGAGAGCCAAUCAUGCAUCCUGUCCUGCGUAGAGCAGAAGCUUCGGGCCGUUUUCGCCCAGCCGCUGGAGCCAUUGCCGGUGAAGGAGGCCACUCCUAUCAAGCAGCCCUCCAGGCUGGAAAACUCCUUUCUCAAGGAGCGCGUCAACACUCUCCAGCAGCAGGUCAAGCUGUUGGAGGAGCAGAUCGCGAACUGCCAGCGGCAGCACGCGGUGCUCUUGGCCAAGAAGGAGAAUAUGGAGGAGCAAUUGAAUCAAGCGCGAAAUGGCGACAGCAGUUCCGUGAAGACUCUGAGCAGCAGUCGUGCCUCAACUCCCAGCUGGCAUGGAACUCCCAGAUGACGCACGAUGACUGCCCAGCGGACCCAGCUGCGGCAAAGAGCCGUGCAGCGGAUUGCAUAGGUGGCCGGGACGUCACAUGCCAGCUUCGGGUUAUCAUAUCGGUACCGUGCGCAAGCUGCCAAGAAUCAAGCGACUGCGGACGUCCAAGGCCAUGUCGCAGCCGACAGCCAUACUAGCUUGUACCCACUUUCGGUCUUGCUCUAGGAGAGUCGUUUGAUCCUCUGAGCGCCGAAUGUGCUUUUCACUCGAGACUCCAGACAGCCGCAAUUUCGAAGUUGUAACAUGAUCUUGCGUUGCAGUGGUCAUAGUUAUUGCUUUUCCUCUUUUCC